AUGAAAACAGCGGGCAAGCGGCUCAGCCACUGGCUGGCUGUUGGCUUGCUCAGACUCAAACUAAUGGGUGCUCCAUGGAUGAUAGAACUUCCUAGAAAUGGAUUGAUGACCGUUGGAUCUGAUGUAUGCCACUCGUCUAAGAGCAAAAACAAGUCAUAUGGCGCUUUUGUAGCAACUAUAGAUAUGAAGUCCUCCACACGAUAUUUCUCUUCAGUUACUGAGCAUAUGAAGGGUCAGGAACUGUCUAAUCAAAUAUUAAUGAAUAUGACAUGUGCACUAAAGGCAUAUCGUGAGCAUCAUGGGAGUUUGUCCGAUCGCAUUCUCUUUUUCGGCGACUGUGUAGGUGAUAGUCAGCUAAAUCAACGAAGGCCAGGUGUAUUCAAUAUUGAGGAGAAAUUCCUCAAAACUCGACUGGACGAGAUCUAUAAAUCGGCGGGAAGAGAGAAAGGUUGCAACUUGGCCUUUAUUGUUGUAAAAAAAAGAAUUAACACACGUUACUUUGUUAAUAAAAAAAAAUAUCCUGAACCUGGAACCGUCGUCGACGAUGGAGUCACUUUGCCCGAGCGUUAUGAUUUCUAUUUGGUUUCACAGGCCAUAAAACAAGGUACUGUUUCUCCAACAAACUACAAUGUUUUGCAUGACAGCAUGGGUAUGAAUGCUGAUAAGAUACAAAUACUAACGUACAAAAUGACACAUAUGUACUACAAUUGGUCUGGAACUUGCCGAGUUCCUGUAGUUUGCCAAUAUGCUAGCUACACAAGUACAUCCAACACUAGAACCAUUUGA